AACACCAACUUCUGGCUCCGGCUCUGCCUCUGCGCUGCUGCUGUCGAGACGAACCGCGUCCCGGAUAAGCAUAAGCACGUGUGAGCGGGGGAGGGGGGGAUCACUCCUGAUCUCGCCUCUGGCUCGCCGGUGCAACGCGUGGAGGAGCUUUUGGACCACUCGUCCCCGGUGCCCCGCUAGCCACAUGGUGGAGCCCUCGGGUGAGAGGUGAAAAAAGCCACGAAGAACAAGCACCGGGACAAGCGGUCGGAACCAUGAAUGAGAUGUCCAGCUUCUUGCACAUUGGGGACAUCGUCUCCUUGUACGCCGAAGGGUCGGUCAAUGGCUUCAUCAGUACUUUGGGGCUGGUGGAUGAUCGGUGUGUGGUGGAACCUGCAGCUGGCGAUCUGGAUAACCCACCCAAGAAGUUUCGAGAUUGUCUCUUUAGAGUAUGUCCCAUGAACCGCUACUCUGCUCAGAAGCAGUACUGGAAAGCCAAACAAACCAAGCAGGACAAAGACAAGAUAGCUGAUGUAGUCCUGUUGCAGAAACUUCAGCAUGCAGCUCAGAUGGAGCAGAAGCAGAAUGAAACGGAAAAUAAGAAGGUGCAUGGAGAUGUGGUGAAGUAUGGAAGCGUCAUACAGCUUCUCCACAUGAAGAGUAAUAAAUACCUGACCGUGAACAAGCGCCUCCCAGCCCUACUGGAGAAGAAUGCUAUGAGGGUGACGCUUGAUGCCACAGGCAAUGAAGGCUCUUGGCUCUUCAUCCAACCCUUCUGGAAGCUGAGAAGUAAUGGAGAUAAUGUAGUUGUUGGAGAUAAAGUGAUUCUGAAUCCUGUGAAUGCUGGGCAGCCACUGCAUGCCAGCAACUAUGAGCUUGCCGAUAACCUUGGAUGCAAAGAGGUGAAUUCUGUCAAUUGCAACACCAGCUGGAAGAUCAACUUGUUUAUGCAGUUCCGGGACCACAUGGAGGAAGUGCUUAAAGGGGGGGACGUGGUCAGGUUGUUCCAUGCAGAGCAGGAGAAAUUCCUUACCUGUGAUGAAUACAAGGCCAAGCUGCAUGUGUUUCUUCGAACCACCUUGCGACAAUCAGCCACGUCAGCCACAAGCUCCAAUGCACUCUGGGAAGUUGAGGUGGUCCAUCAUGAUCCCUGCCGUGGUGGAGCUGGGCACUGGAAUGGCUUAUACCGCUUCAAACAUCUUGCGACUGGGAACUACCUAGCAGCAGAGGAAAACCCCAGUUACAAAGGCGACACAGGGGAACCCAAGUCUUUGGCUGGAACCAGUCGCUCCAGUCGGAGAUAUACAGGGGAAAAGAUCAAGUACCGCUUGGUGGCUGUGCCCCAUGGCAAUGACAUUGCUUCCCUUUUUGAACUGGAUCCCACCACGCUGCAGAAGACUGACUCCUUUGUUCCCCGGAACUCAUAUGUUCGAUUGCGUCACCUCUGCACCAACACCUGGAUUCAGAGUACCAAUGUACCCAUUGAUGUUGAUGAAGAGAGACCAAUUCGCCUUAUGCUUGGCACAUGCCCCACCAAGGAGGACAAAGAGGCUUUUGCCAUUGUCUCUGUGCCAGUGUCAGAAAUCCGAGACCUGGACUUUGCCAAUGAUGCCAGCUACAUGCUGGCCAAUGUGGUGGAGAAGAUGAAUGAAGGCUUCCUCAGCCAGAAUGAUCGGAGGUUUGUGAUCCAACUGCUGGAGGACUUGGUGUUUUUCGUCGGUGAUGUAUCCAACAAUGGUCAGAAUGUUUUGGAUAUUGUUGUUACCAAGCCCAACCGGGAGAGGCAGAAACUCAUGAGAGAGCAGAAUAUUCUGAAACAGAUCUUUGGGAUCCUGAAGGCUCCAUUCAAGGACAAGGGUGAGGAAGGCCCACUGGUGAGACUGGAAGAACUGUCUGACCAGAAAAACGCUCCCUACCAAUACAUGUUCCGGCUCUGCUACAGGGUACUGCGGCAUUCCCAGGAGGACUAUCGCAAGAACCAGGAACACAUUGCCAAGCAGUUUGGCAUGAUGCAGUCCCAGAUUGGCUAUGACAUCUUGGCUGAAGACACCAUCACGGCCCUCCUGCACAACAACCGCAAGCUGCUCGAAAAGCAUAUCACCAAGACUGAGGUGGAGACCUUUGUGAGCUUGGUGCGAAAGAACCGGGAACCCAGGUUUUUAGACUAUCUAUCGGACUUGUGUGUGUCAAAUCAUGUAGCCAUUCCUGUCACUCAGGAGCUGAUCUGCAAAUGUGUACUGGAUCCCAAGAACACGGACAUCCUUAUCCAAACUGAGCUGAGGCCGGUGAAGGAGAUGUCCCAGACUCACGAGUACUUGAGUAUUGAAUUUUCGGAGGAGGAGGUCUGGUUGACCUGGAGUGACAGAAACAAUGAUCACCAUGAGAAAAGCAUCCGGCAGCUAGCCCAGGAAGCCCGAGCAGGCAAUGCCCAUGACGAGAAUGUUCUGAGUUACUACAGAUACCAGCUGAAGUUGUUUGCCCGUAUGUGCAUGGACCGGCAAUACUUGGCCAUUAAAGAAAUCUCCAAGCAACUGGGGGUGGAGCUAAUCUUCCUCUGCAUGGCAGAUGAAAUGUUACCCUUUGACCUCCGGGCCUCCUUCUGCCAUCUCAUGCUGCAUGUACAUGUAGACAGAGAUCCACAGGAGAAGGUGAUGCCUGUGAAAUUUGCACGUCUCUGGACUGAGAUUCCUACAGCCAUCACCAUCAAAGACUACGACGCCAAUGUGAAUAGCUCAAGGGAUGACAAGAAGAACAAGUUUGCCAGCACCAUGGAGUUUGUGGAGGACUAUCUCAACAAUGUGGUCAGCGAGGCCGUGCCCUUUGCUAACGAGGAAAAGAACAAGCUCACUUUUGAGGUUGUCAGUCUGGCCCACAACCUCAUCUACUUUGGCUUCUAUAGCUUCAGUGAGCUUCUGCGCUUGACACGGACUCUUCUUGGUAUCAUAGACUGUGUCCAGAACCCUCAACUGAUGAUGCAGACCAUGUACAAUGAUGAUAUGGCUGGGAAAAAUGUCCGCAAGUCUAUCCAUGGUGUUGGCCAGAUGAUGUCUACUAUGGUGCUGAAUAGGAAGCAGUCCAUCUUCGGCUCCUCAACCAUGAAUACUGUGGUAGUUCCUGAGCCAGCAGAUAGAGGGAGGAGCAUCGAAAAUGAAAACAUUGUGGUGAUGGAAACGAAGCUGAAAAUUCUGCAGAUUUUGCAGUUCAUCUUGAAUGUACGGCUGGAUUACAGGAUCUCCUAUUUGCUCUCCGUCUUCAAGAAAGAGUUUGUAGAGGUGUACCCAAUGCAAGACAGUGGGGCCGAUGGAACAGCUCCAGCUUUUGACUCCACAACUGCAGCUAUGAACCUGGACCGGAUUGGAGAACAGGCUGAAGCCAUGUUUGGGGUUGGGAAAACAAGCAGCAUGUUAGAAGUGGAUGAUGAAGGAGGGCGGAUGUUUCUCCGUGUGCUGAUCCAUUUGACAAUGCAUGACUACCCCCCACUUGUCUCAGGUUCCCUUCAGCUCCUCUUCAAACACUUCAGCCAGAGGCAGGAGGUUCUACACACCUUUAAGCAGGUCCAGCUGCUUAUCUCUGCUCAGGAUGUUGAGAACUACAAAGUGAUCAAGUCAGAGCUGGACAAACUGCGCAUGAUGGUGGAGAAGUCGGAGCUCUGGGUGGAAAAAAAAGGCAGCUCCAAAGGGGAAGAUGGACAAGAAGGGGAGAAGAAGGAGAAGAAAGAGCGUACCACAGAUGAAGACCCUGGGACUCCUGGAGAAAAAAGCAGUGAGAACUACCAGCUGGUAAAAGGGAUACUGGAGCGGCUCAAUAAAAUGUGUGGUGUUGGUGAGCAGAUGCGGAAGAAGCAGCAGCGCUUGCUGAAGAAUAUGGAUGCCCACAAAGUGAUGCUGGACCUCCUGCAGAUCCCUUAUGAGAAGGGUGACACCAAGAUGUUGGAGAUUCUGAGAUUAACCCACCAGUUCCUGCAAAAGUUCUGUGCUGGCAACCAAGAAAACCAGGCCCUCCUGCAUAAGCAUCUCACCUUGUUCCUCACCCCCGGGCUGCUGGAGGCAGAGACAAUGCAGCACAUCUUCCUGAACAACUAUCAGCUCUGCUCAGAGAUCAGCGAGACAGUGCUGCAGCAUUUCAUCCACUGCCUGGCCACACAUGGGCGCCAUGUGCAGUACCUUGACUUUCUGCACACCAUCAUCAAGGCAGAGGGCAAGUACAUCAAGAAGUGCCAGGACAUGAUCAUGACUGAGCUGACCAACGCUGGGGAUGAUGUGGUGGUGUUCUACAAUGAUAAGGCCUCCCUGGCCAACAUGUUGGAGAUGAUGACAACAGCCCAGGAUGGGAUAGAGGAGAACAGCCCCCUCAUGUACCACAUCUCCCUGGUGGAUCUGCUGGCUGCCUGUGCUGAAGGCAAAAACGUGUACACGGAGAUCAAGUGCACGUCUCUACUUCCGUUGGAGGAUGUGGUGCGAGUGGUCACUCAUGAAGACUGCAUCACGGAGGUGAAGAUUGCAUAUGUAAACUUCGUCAACCAUUGUUACGUGGACACAGAAGUGGAGAUGAAGGAGAUCUACACAAGCAACCACAUCUGGACACUGUUUGAGAACUUCACCCUGGACAUGGCCAGGGUGUGCAAGAAACGUGAGAAGCGCUUGGCAGAUUCUACCUUGGAGAAGUAUGUGCUCACCGUGGUUCUGGACACAAUCAAUGCCUUCUUCAGUUCUCCCUUCUCUGAGAACAGCACCUCCCUACAGACUCAUCAGACUAUUGUGGUGCAGCUCCUCCAGUCUACCACACGGCUCCUGGAGUGUCCUUGGCUGCAGCAGCAGCACAAGAGCUCAGUGGAAGCUUGCAUCCGCACGCUGGCUAUGGUCGCCAAGAGCCGCUCCAUUGCAGUACCCAUGGACCUGGAUGCCCACGUCAGUUCCCUGCUGAACAGCAGCUCCAUCAGCAGCGCACAGAGGAACGCCUCCAACUACAAGACGGCCUCGCGCACCUUCCCUCGCGUCUCCGCUACGGCCAACCAAUGGGACUACAAGAACAUCAUUGAGAAGCUGCAGGACAUCAUAAAUGCCCUAGAGGAACGCUUGCAACCCCUGGUGGAAGCUGAACUUUCAGUCCUGGUGGAUGUUCUGCACCGUCCAGAACUGCUUUUCAUGGAAGGAACGGAGGCCUACCAGCGUUGCGAAAGUGGUGGUUUCCUCUCCAAAUUGGUCCAGCACACCAAGGACCUGAUGGAUGCUGAGGAGAAGCUUUGCAUUAAGGUGCUGAGGACACUUCAGCAAAUGCUGGUGAAGAGGAACAAAUAUGGAGACCGGGGCAACACGUUAAGAAAAAUGCUUUUGGCUAAUUACCUGCAAACCAAAAAGUCUGGUGCCAAAGGAGAGAUUGUUGACCCUUCUGGGGCUGGCCAAGACCAGGACUGGUCAAUCAUUGCCGCCAUUCAGUGCCGGCUGGACAGAGAAGGGGCCACCAAGCUGGUGUCAGACCUCAUCAUGAACACCAAAAAUGAAAAGAUCUUUCAGGAAAGUAUCCGCUUGGCCAUCCGACUGCUUGAUGGGGGCAACACAGAGAUACAGAAAUCAUUCUAUAACUUGAUGACCAGUGACAAGAAGUCAGAAAAGUUCUUCAAAGUUCUGCACGACAGGAUGAAGAAGGCCCAGCAGGAGGUCAAGUCCACCGUAACUGUGAACAUGAGUGACAUCGGGAACAAGCCUCGGGAGGACAAAGACUCCCCGGAUCAUAGCAAUAAAGGACGAGUAACCACUUUCAUGCUGCCUGGUGCUCCUUCCCGCUACCCAGUGAAUGUAGGGUUCCGGACUGGCCAUGAUACAAGAGACAGGGGGCAGAACAAUGAAAUGGGGAUGUCCAUUUUGAUCAUGGAGCCAAUCCUUCGCUUCCUGCAGCUGCUGUGUGAGAAUCACAACCGUGAUCUUCAGAACUUCCUCCGCUGCCAGAACAAUAAGACCAACUACAAUUUGGUGUGCGAAACGCUGCAGUUUCUGGAUAUCAUGUGUGGUAGCACCACAGGACGGCUGGGCUUGUUGGGCCUCUAUAUCAAUGAAUACAAUGUGGCCCUCAUCACCCAGACUCUCGAGACCCUGACGGAAUAUUGUCAGGGACCCUGUCAUGAGAACCAGAGCUGCAUUGUGACCCACGAGUCGAAUGGCAUCGACAUAAUCACCGCCCUGAUCCUCAAUGACAUCAGCCCCCUCUGCAAGUACAGGAUGGACUUGGUUCUUCAGCUGAAGGACAAUGCCUCCAAGCUUUUGUUGGCCCUGAUGGAGAGUAGGCAUGACAGUGAGAAUGCUGAGCGGAUUCUCAUCAGUCUCCGGCCGCAGGAACUGGUUGAUGUCAUUAAGAAAGCCUAUCUUCAAGAAGAAGAAUGUGAGAAUUCUGAGGUUUCCCCUCGGGAAGUUGGACACAACAUCUACAUUUUAGCCUUACAGCUCUCUCGGCACAACAGGCAGCUUCAGCAUCUCUUGAAACCUGUGAAGCGGAUUCAGGAGGAGGAAGAAGAGGGGAUCUCUUCUAUGCUCAUUCUACACAACAAACAGCUGACCCAGAUGCUGAAAUCAACAACUCCUGUCCAAGAGGAAGAGGAAGACCCAUUAGCAUAUUAUGAGAAGCACACGUCCCAGAUAGAGAUCGUGCGCCUGGACCGGAGCAUGGAGCAGAUCAUCUUCCCAGUGCCCAGCAUCUGUGAGUUCUUGACCAAAGAGACAAAAUACCGGCUGUUUACCACUACGGAGCAGGACGAGCAGGGCAGCAAAGUCAGUGACUUCUUUGAACAGUCGUCCUUUCUCCACAAUGAGAUGGAAUGGCAGAAGAAACUGCGUAGCAAUCCACUGAUGUACUGGUUCUCCCGCAGAAUGACACUCUGGGGAAGUAUCUCCUUCAACCUGGCUGUCUUCAUAAACAUCAUCAUUGCUUUCUUCUAUCCUUAUGUCGAGGUGUCCUCAAUGGGAUUGUUGGAUUCCCCAUUGAUCCCCCUUCUCUCGUGGUUUUUAAUCUGCUUCUCUAUCAUGGCUCUGUUCACCCGGCGCUAUGGUGUCAGACCACUUCUCGUGGCACUGAUCCUGCGAUCCAUCUACCAUCUGGGCAUUGGCCUCACUUUGAACAUACUGGGAGCUCUCAAUCUGACAAAUAAGAUUGUGUUUGUGGUAAGCUUUGUUGGCAACCGUGGGACAUUCAUCCGAGGAUAUAAGGCCAUGAUCAUGGAUGUGGAAUUUCUCUAUCACGUCGCCUACAUCCUGACCAGCGUCUUGGGGCUCUUUGUACAUGAACUCUUCUACAGCAUCUUGCUUUUUGACUUGAUCUACCGGGAAGAGACCUUAUUUAAUGUCAUCAAAAGUGUGACACGAAACGGACGCUCCAUUCUGCUGACAGCCUUGCUGGCCCUCAUCCUCGUCUACCUCUUCUCCAUUGUAGGCUUCCUAUUCCUGAAAGAUGACUUCAUUAUGGAAGUCGACCCACUGCCCAACAUCAAAUCUAAAGCAGCUAACCCCUUCGGGAUGCAAGCAAACACGGACGCUUUUAUGGAGUCGUGCAGUAAUGACAAAAUGAGCUGCUCUUCUCAUGUUGCUAUGACUAAAGUGAUGGAAGUAGAUGAAGAUAAUACAGAGCGUGCCUGUGACACACUGCUUAUGUGCAUAGUCACCGUCCUGAAUCAUGGCCUCAGAAAUGGAGGUGGCGUGGGAGACAUCCUCAGGAAACCAUCUAAAGAUGAGUCCCUGUUUCCUGCUCGAGUGAUCUAUGACCUCCUCUUCUUCUUCAUUGUCAUAAUCAUAGUCCUCAACCUCAUCUUUGGUGUCAUCAUCGACACCUUUGCAGAUCUAAGGAGUGAGAAGCAGAAAAAAGAAGAGAUCCUCAAGACUACAUGUUUUGUAUGUGGUCUUGAAAGGGACAAGUUUGACAAUAAGACUGUGUCCUUUGAAGAGCACAUUAAAUUUGAGCACAACAUGUGGAAUUACCUGUACUUCAUAGUGCUGGUGCGAGUGAAAAAUAAGACAGACUAUACAGGUCCUGAGAGCUAUGUAGCACAAAUGAUAAAGAACAAGAACCUGGACUGGUUCCCUCGAAUGCGAGCCAUGUCGUUAGUGAGCAAUGAAGGUGAAGGGGAGCAGAACGAGAUCCGGAGUCUACAGGAUAAAUUGAAUUCCACCAUGAAGUUGGUAUCGCAUCUCACCUCACAGCUGAAUGAGCUAAAGGAGCAGAUGACAGAGCAAAGAAAGCGAAGGCAGCGGAUGGGUUUUGUGGAUGUCCAGAACACUCUGAACCACUGAGACAGCAACAUCCACUUCCCCGAGCUAAAACUGCAAUAUACACAUGCACUUCCUGAGGAGGAUCUUUGGUACUAGAUUCCCUGCACAAAUCUCAUCAAGGAAAGCUGAUCCAUGCCGUGAUGAUUCAUAGUGUGGAGUCUCAAGCACCACCUUCUGUUCAUCUCCAAUAGGGUUGAUUGCAGACAUGUUAUUCAACAAGAGACCUGAAGCUGAUGACUUUGUGUGGUUUCAUCGUUUUGUUAUACCUUUGGGAGCUUUGCUGCUCCUGAUGAUAACUGUUCCUAUAACAGGGGGUUAUCUUUCUCCAUGCACUACACGUUGAUGGCUACCUAGCCGGGUGCAAAUAGGAUUGACAUUUUUAGCAAUGAGCAGUUUGUUAUAUUUUAACUUAUUCCAGAAGAGUCCAUGGAAAGUCAACAUACAUGGAUUUUUCUCUACAAGCUUGUCAUCUCAAGUCCUCCGAAGUCACUGGAAUUUUUGGGAUUCUGACACAAUCUCACCUAAGAAGCAACUGCAAGAAAAUAUACUAUUAUUUUAACCCUUCAAAUGAAGAUGGGUGGCAGAUUUUAUUUGGGGGGGGGGGGUUAAAAGAUUCUUUGCCUUCCCUGGAGAGAGACUGUGGACAUUAGUGGGAGAUUGCCCUUUCACAGUUCAGCAUGAACAUGCAGUCUAUGUUCCUCACGCAUCUUUUCCCAGUAUACUUAGGAUUCAUCCUGCUUCUAGGCAACAAGAGGUCGUAGAGUUAAAUUAUUUCAGCUGGCUGAGAAAAAAUACCAAUAUAUCUUCACUGUCUCCAACUGGAUGCAGAAGCACCAAAGGAUACAGUUAGUGUGUAUAACUGAGGAAGUGGAGAUUUGAGGCAGGGAAGAGGAGACAGGAAAGAGACCAUUCUGGAGAAAUUUCAUGUAAAAUGUAUUCCGGGGCUAUCACUAUAGAAGUCUAGGCUUUGAACGUAAACGUUCCCUCGUCUCUCCUAACUCCUCAACUGUUUGGAACGUUGUAUUGUAUGGAAAAGUCAUAUGUCGGUUCUGCUUAUACAGUCAAACCCAACUGUAGGCAAAGCUAGGACUUAUUAGGUACAAUUUAAGUUAUAUCUGACUUCUGUGAUUCCACUUGGUCCAGAGUGAUACUCUGUUUGGGGAGAUAGAGGUGACCAGGAACAGAUAGUCCCUUGCAAGAGUCUUUCCAUUUAUUUCACUUUCUGACCAAAGCAGGGUGUGCCUCAAAUGUACUGACUGCCAUGCAGAUUUCAGAGAAGAAAAAGAUUCCACUAAUCAGGGAUCCAGCAUUGCCAUUUCUUUUGCUCUGUUAUGUUUUACAAAUACUGGUUACAUUUUAAUAUGAGAACUUCCUGGAGUUUUAACAUGCAAAAUCAAAUAAAAAGGAAAGGAAGUGAA